AUGGCCUCUGCCAGCGAGCAGCACACGCGCGCCAUCCUCGGCGCCGUCCAGCGGGUGGGCGAGCAGAAGCGCGACCGCGAGGGAGCGCUCGCACGCAUGCGCGCCUGCCUCGAGGAGUACGAAGCGCUCGGCGCGACGCUGACUGCGCUGCCUGAGCGCGUCGAGCGGCCGGCGAUGGUGCCGCUCGGCAAGCUUGCGCUUUUCCCGGGCACGCUGCGCCACACCAACGAGGUGACGGUGCUGCUCGGCGAGAACCUGUUCGCGCUCCGCUCCGCCUCGCAGGCCGUCGGGAUCGCUGAGCGCCGCGCUGAGUUUGUGGCGGCGCAGGUGCAGUCUCUCGAGGAGGAGGUGCGCGAGCUGGGCUCGGAGCUUGAGAAGCUCGGAGCGAUGCACACGCUCGGCCUCGACCCCGCCAGCGGAGGAGGCUGCGCCCCCCAUGCGGGUCUCGCGCUUCAAGGCGGCGCGGCAGAGGCAGCAACCUUCAGGGACGGAGUGAGAAUGCGAAAAAAGACAACAAGCUCGUACCGCGUUCACCGCUCAGAGCUCAGACACCACUGA